AUGAUUGGCAGCUUGUUGUUUUAUGGGCUCUACCCUUUAGCGCGGUACCUGACCGGUCGAGCCUCAGAUGCCCCAAAGAAGGGUAUACCUCCUGCAGCUGUUGAUGGCACGGCAGUGUGGGAUGGUGGUGCUGUCACAACCAGGAAGUUUGUACAGUCUCAGACAACCCUGCUGGACCAGCAGCUCAGCCCAAACAGUGGGUCGAAGAGAGAAACGAAAGAAAGGAUGAAAGAGCAAAGUCCAGUAAAAGAAGAUUGUAAAGAUUGGCCUGACACAGUCAAAGAACAGCUGAUGACUGUCCUGCAGAGAGAAACAAAGUUUAGUCAAGUGCAAUCUGCAGUGAAUGAGGGAAAAGCAGAGAUGCAAGAGGCACAGCAACAGAUAAAGGUAGAAGCUCUCAAGAAAGAGGAUGCAGAAACAGAAAAUGAUGUGUUCUGUACGAAGCAAAACAUAGAGGAUGGAACUGAUAUUGCAACUGAGGAUGUUAGUCCAAAGCAAGCACUUGGGGCCCAGUUUGAGUCCCUGCAAACAGAAGACAGCAUACCAACAAUUACUUGUCCAGUGCAGGAAAAAACUCAGAUAUCAAGCAUCGAAGAGUCAGUAACUCUAGCUGAGAAUGGUGUUCAAUACACCACCUAUCCAGUAACUCCAGCUGAGGAGAGUGUUCAAUAUACCACCCAUCCAGUGGAGGAACAAAUACAAAGCCUGGAAGAGUCAGUAACCCCAGCUGAGCCCAGCAUACAAGAAACAACCCCUUCAGUACAGGAACAAAUACAGAUACCCAGGGCUGAAGACUUAGUGACUGACACUGAAACUGCAGCUGAAUCAGCUGAAUGCUGGGAUGAAUAUUUGGCUCAAAAUGACGGGGGAAGUAAUUCUGAGCUGGUGUUUGCCUCACUACUUGCAAACACUCAAAACAUUGCAUAUAGCAGGCAACAUGACACAGAAACUGGAUGGCACUUUCCUGCAGGACCUGGCCUAACAGAUGAAGUGCAGUGCCCGCUGUGGCAAUUUCCUGCUGUGAGCUAUUACCCUCCAGCUGAGUUGACUGUACCUUUUGAAGUAAUGUGGAGAGUAUGGGAGGAGGUGGAUGAGAGUGCCACUGCAGCAGAGCCUGUCCUGAUACCCUUCCCAUCCACAAAGGCCUCAAUGGACUUUACUGUCAUGUCCUACAACAUCCUCGCUCAGGACCUGCUGGAGGCCAACCAGGAGCUGUAUGUACACUGCCCUCUGGAGGUGUUGGACUGGAACUACCGUUGCAGCCUUCUCUUACAGGAAAUUGAGAAAUGGGCACCAGAUGUUCUGUGUCUCCAAGAGGUUCAAGAGAACUACUACUAUGAACAACUGUAUCCAGUCCUGACUCAGAUGGGCUACACCUGUGUGUACAAGCGGCGUACAGGAACCAAGACAGAUGGCUGUGCUACAUGCUAUCGAAGCAGUUGCUUUUCUAUGGUAUCAGUCACACUGCUGGAGUUCUUCAGGCCUAACAUGGAGCUGCUGAAUCGGCACAAUGUGGGCAUUGUUAUGUUGCUUCGGCCGAUGGUCCCCCAGGGGUCAGAGGUCAAAGAGAAGGGCCCACUUCUCUGUGUGGCUAACACACACCUGCUCUUCAAUCCCAGGAGGGGUGACGUAAAGCUGGCUCAGUUAGCCAUAAUGAUGGCAGAAAUCCACAGUGUGGUCAAGUCCUGCAAGGCAAAAGGCGAACACUGUAAUGUUAUACUGUGUGGGGACUUUAACUCUGUCCCCUACAUGCCUCUGUACCAGUUCAUCACCACUGGCGAGCUCUACUUCCAGGGUCUACCAGCAUGGAUGAUAUCAGGUCAAGAGGAUUUGUCACACAAGGCCAAUUUCCACAGACUGUUUGCUCCUCUGUGGCCUGGGGAUCUGGGAGUCAGUGACGGCUGCCAGUACGCUACAGUUGAGGACACGAAUGAGAGCCAGAGUCGGGUAUCAGGGAUACGUCAGUACAGCCAUGACUUCCUACUGCGGCUGCGCUACUGUCCAUAUGCAUAUAUCCCACCUGACUUGCAGCUAAUCCCAGGCGUGACUGACCAUACACCAGAUGCUUCAAGGAGAAACCAGCCCUAUGUUAGAAGGUUCAGAAACACCAUCAGUCAUCGGUUGGACUUGGAGUCGGUCUAUAAACACAUUCUCCCAGGCUCUGGCAACUCAGAAGUCACGACUCUGCACUCUGAAAUGGGAGCUACUGUCGACUACAUCUUCUAUACCCCAAAACGCAUCUUACCCUUUAAUCAAAAAGCUGGUGACGACUUGAAGAGUAAUGGUCUGAAGUUGAUCAGUUGUCUCUCCCUCCUAUCAGAGGAUGUUUUAUGGUCAAUGAAAGGCCUUCCCAACCACAUAUUCCCCUCUGACCAUCUCAGUCUUCUGGCCAAAUUUCAGCUGGACUUGAACGCUGCAUGACAGAACAGACUGCGGGUGAACUGAACCAAGAUGGACGUGAGAGGCAAAGCAUGUUUCUUUUCAAAUGAUCCGGGCCUCGCUCUAUACACAUUUGGUUUUUGUUUUUGUUAGUAUGGAUACCAUUAUUUGCGGUUCAAUCCUGGCAAAAGGGGAUCAUAGUUGUCUAACUAAAUAGGACGUUCACAUUUUUGUUCAAUAGGAGCCAGGAAAAUAAUGAGUGCCAAUGUUUAACCCUGUUCCACAUGUUUUUCAUCAGAUAAAUGGCGCAGAGUUAUGACAGAGAUAUGACAAAUCUUAUAAUUGAUGAUGUAAUAGUGUCAAAAGCAGCAUUUGACUUGGUGGUGUGAUAGUGGACU